CUUGAGCGGAAGCACUACCGGCGGCGGCGGCCGGAAAUGAGCACUUGGGCUAUUUUUCAGAGGUUUUGCCAAGUUACAGUCAAUCUGCGUGGAGUUUAGCUGUCCGUGGAGAGGCCGAGUGGAAGGUUGGGUACAUGCCCCAGAAACUCACAGGAGCAAUGAUGUCCUGACGAGGCUCAUGCUUCAGCAGCAGAGGACGUCGCUGUAGAGUCUUCACUUCUUUUGGUGAAAUGAGGGCUGGCUCAUGCAAGCGGCACAGGAACAGCCUGAGCUUCCUGCUGCACCUAGGUGUCCAUUUGCGGUGAACGCUGAUCCAGGGUCCACGGAGAUCCUCUGAAAAGCGGCCACCUCCACGUCAGGACAGACCUAGCAGCAGAUUUAAAAGCCUGAUUACCACUGUUGAAGGUGGACAACCGAGCAGCAGUUCAGUAAAGUCAUGUUGAAGGAGAAGAUUUGAAAUGUUUAUCCGCUUUGCUGCAGCUUAUUAUAGCGGCUCUGCUGACGUGGGAUCAGUUCAACCUUCAACUGUUACCCGUUCUCCAAAAACAGUUUUCGUCCUAAUAUUCUAGAGGAAUUUUAGGAACCUUAUCUUCCAGGAUGGAAGUCAGCUCCUUUUUUCUAAGUAACAGACAUCAGAAGAACCCACAGUUACAAGAACCUGUUGGUCAUUCUACCCCAAAAUCCUCUCUAGUAAGAAGUCAUUCUCUUCAAAAAAACACGCCCCUUCCCUCAGUGGACACUGACGGCGUCCCCCACAGAGGAGCCAGGAGGCCCAUAAACGAUCCAAUACUGGAGCUGAUCGACCAAAAGGUUGCGCAGUGCAAGUUGCAUUUAGCUAAUGGAUCUUCUCCUCCUAGCAGUCUCAUUAGUGACACACACUCGUCCACCAAAGUGAGUUCUUCCAUACCUUUACCAAGCAAUGCUGACAGUGAACCCACAACCUCCAACUUUAAGCAAGUGGAGAUGCCAGGACAAAGCCCCAGGUUUCAGCGUUUGGACCACCCUUUUUCUGCUUCCAAGCAUCUGCGGGGAGAGGAGGACCUCAGCCGUGAGCUCCCAGAACCGCGGUGCAGCUCUGCAGAGAGGGGAAGUACAUCUUCAAGACGUUCAGAAUGUUCAAGACGUAUGUUGGACCUCAAUGGAACAGAGAUUAAGGAGAACUUUCCCAGAGUGAACUGUGAACCCACCGUGCACCCCACACUCAAUCCAGCAGCAGCUGACCACGCAAGACGGAGUCAAGCCGAACCCAUCAGAGUGACCCCCACCGCACAGAAGCACGGCCAGAUCUUUCCUGAAGUUGCAGUUCAGGCUGAGACCUUGCUGUGUUCUAAGGCUGCAGCUGGUGCCGUUUCUCCUCAGAACACACCUGAAGGGGAUAUCCGUCCAAACCCUGUGGGCCAAAUGUCAGAGAAUCCACCGGAUGUGGGCGUGUCAACGCUGAGAAGGUCCCCUCAGCCCGUUGUGUACGAAGACAUUAGUGAGGAUGAAAACGAGAUUAACGGGGAGAAGUCUCCCUGUCCACCUGAACUGUCUGAUGCAGAGGAGGACGUGGGCCCCUGCAUCGUUUUAGAUUAUGAUGAUGUGGAGGAUGAUGAUGACUGGGAGGUCUUACCCCUGAGCAUCUUCAACCUCACAUUUCAACCUAGGGACAAACGACUUCUCCUGAAUGAUGAAGAAAAAGAGACUGCAUUGGGCUCAAGGCGUGCAAACUUCAUCCCUGCCUCUGCAUUUACUCAGAUGAAGGUUUUUGACACUCCUGAACAACAACAAGAAGCUAUGAAGUUAGGGAAACUGUCUUUUGUUAUUCCUUCAAUUGAUGAAUACAGUUUUGCAGAAGUAGCGAGGAGGAGAGAGACUUCAGAGAGUCCCUCUGACGCUGAAGACUGCUGUGACACAGAGGACAGCAGCGAUUACUCACCUGGUCCUGGCUGCAACUUAAUGGUCGUGUCCCUGCAGAGCCUGAAGAACCGGCCAUCUCAUGAGGAAGAGACCAACGGGAAGACGACCACUCCAAAAAAAGGAGUGAAAGCAGAAGGACAAAACCAUCAGACUCCUGUGAUUGUCUUGGAUUCUAGUGAUGAGAGCGAUGACUGUAUGGAGUUGACGGAACAUCAGCCAGCCCCGGAUGCUUGUGAGAACAACCGAAUGGAACAUUCCAAGAUGGAUGCACACCGUGAUGCUGAUGAAGACAAGGUCACAUCUGUAGAUCUACACAGGACAGAAGACCAUGGACAAAGGGAUGACAUCAUCAUAAUCCUGUCCGACUCAGACGACGACAGCUCAGCAACGCCGACUUCAAAGACCACAGACCGUACUUCUGCUGCUUCUCCCAGCCAUAAUAUGACUGCUGACAGUUCUGCUGGAUUCCCAGAACCUAGGACAGUUACUGAAGAGUCUGUAACGAAAAAGUCCAAAACAAAGAGAAGAGCACGGUCCCCAGAGACACAACAGCUGGGGAUCAACUCUACAGAUGCUGAGAAAUCUGCUCAAGUAAAGAAAGCUCCCCCAGUGAAGAUGGUAGAGAAGCAGAAUUCCUUCUUACCUGACCCAUGGAUUCAGAAGCAUCCCUAUGAACGCCUUCAGCCUCUACAGGGGCCCAGCACUCAAGGGCAGGCUGAGGAGCAGUCCAUGUCUAAUCCAACCCCCACCACAGUUGCCUUCAGAGAAGUCACGGCCAAUCAAAGAGCCAAAAAAUCUGUGAGGUCCAAACCACGUACAUCCUCAACUGCAUCCGUGGUGCAGAAGUCUGUCUCCUCAAGCAUAUCUUCAACAUCCAAAACCUCUCAUUCUUCUGAGGACCGGCCGUCGUCAAGUGCCAUGCAGCCAUCGAACCCUGCAAAGAGCAAAGUGUGCUCUGACUGGCAGAUGUCCUACUUCUCGAUCGGGAGGAAAACCGGGGAUCGAUUAGAGAGAGGCUUCAGAACUAAAGCCAGCGACCUGCCGGCUGAAUCCAGACCACAACCAGGCCGAGUCCUCAGACGCCGGCACCCCCACGAGUCUGCACCGCUCAUGAAGAAGACCAAGUUAAGGGCCAUUGAGUUCACCAGGGCCAGGAAGUGCAGCACCCCCGCAGACCCAAGAUUCCCUGUUGGUGAUGGCUACAAGUGGAAGAACUCAACCCAACAUGGAUCCAAGACCAGAGUUGGACAGCCCAGAACCAGACAGUUCUCCAGAAGUCCAUUCAGUGGCAGCUCUUUCCAAAGAGACUGAGCGUUAAACAAUCCUCACCAGCCGUUUUGAUUUGAAAGCUUUUGUUCCAUAAAUUGUAAAACUGUAAAUGACAAACCUUUUGAAGUGACUUCAUGUUCACAGCGGUUUUUGAUGUAUGUUUUAAGAGUUUUCUGUUUAAAAACGUGUCUGGUUUUAGUUCUGUGGAUCCACGUGCUGCCUCCUUGUUCCUUUUGUUCAGAAGCUUCCAGUUGAUGUAAAUUUGUGGGAGUCCCUUUUGUUUAGUUUGCUACAGACUUAAAUUGGGUGGGCUUACCCCCCCCCCCCUUCCCUGUGCUUACUUGGGCCGUUAUCUCCUGAAUCUCCAGUGUGACAUAAAUCUUCCAGAGGGACUGAAGGAUUUAAGAAAACAGGACCUUAUCUAAAAGGUCCCCCCCCCCAACACACACCAGAAGAAUCAUUGCAGACUUCGCUGGAAUGUAAUGUCUGCAUAGUAUGAAUAAAACUAAAAUAAAGAUGACAAUCUAUAAACUUUCUAAGUCGCAACUUAGAAGGUUUUGUUUGCAACGUGGUGGCAUAAA